AUGUCUACCCCUGAGAACACUACAGAGACCAGCUUUUCCACGUUCGUUCACGGGCAGCAGGGAGACGACGUCUCUUCUGUUACACCGUCGCAGACGUCCAAUGUCGAACAAGGCGUCGAACAUCACGACAUUUUUAUGCCUACAAUGGGACCUGCCAUCCGCACUCCUCCCAUCGUCAGGGAUAUUGUCGUCACCAAGUACAGCGUUCAAUGGUUGAAUCUCUCCCUGCCCGAACAGGGUUUCUAUGCCAAAAAUCAUAUGGUAGCGGCGCUGGACUCCGCCCAGCCUUGGACAAUCGACGGCAUCACCUAUUAUAACUCUGCUCGCAUCUCUAUGGAGCUGGGCGUUGAGAUGCAGUCUGCUGACGUUAUCGGUCAAGAGGACUGGGUUUCUGGGGAAAACUACUUCCCAGGAGAAUACGCUGUUCGUCUCUUCAAGACGGACGAGCUGUUCGAUCUUGUCGUUUACCACCUCACUUACAACGACCGCACCGGUGCUACGAUUGGAGACUUCAUCGACGAGGUGCUUGAACGCGACAUGCACCAUUUUCUUUUUUUGCCUUACACUGCCAGUGGUCACUGGAAAGGUUGUGGCGAUCACAUAAUUCACACCUUCGCCGUCUUCGUCGACGAGGGCCUCCUCCCCACCACGGAUUCCAACGAACAUCCAACCGUCCCGCUCAGCACUGAACUCACUUACACUUAUUUUGCCGGUGGGAAGAACACCUGGUGUCGUAUGGGACGAGGAUGGUGGCUGAAGUACAACCCUCCCACUGACCCACUUACUCCAGAGACCUCGUUCUCCGAAGGUCGUUUGACCUGGCAGCUCCCGACUGCGCCUCAGUCUGUUCAACAGGAUACCCAAGAGGAGGUUGGCGAAGGAGAGCCCAGUGUCAAGUCCGACAACGACGAAGACGCUUAA